AUGUUAAAACAAACUCUUAAAUUAAAAGAAAAUGUGGAUAUUUCAAAAUAUUAUAAAGUAAUUGCUUUUCUCAAACGCAAAAAUGAUUCCUACACACCCAAAAAGGCGGCUGUUUUUGAGAAGCAUCAAAUCACAAAAUUUAUUUUAGAAGCACCUGAUGAAAUUUUUCUUUCGUCUAAGGUUAUUCUCAUUAUAGGAAUUGCAGGAGCUUGUCGGACAGAUGAGCUCUGCAACAUGAAAAUGACAGAUGUAGAUACACGAGAGGAUAUGAUAGUCAUAAAUAUCCCUCAAACAAAAACAAAAUCUUCUCGAAAAUUUGUCAUUAUGGAGCCCACCUGGAUUGAUGUGGUUAAAAAAUACUUGACAAAAAGGCCGUCUCCUGAUAUGGCAAGGCUUUUCAUUGGGUUUAGAGGUGGAAAACCGACUAGACAAAACAUGGGACAUAAUACGAUAAGCAAGACACCUUAUAAAAUAGCUCAAUACCUACAACUGCCAAAUGUCGACGAAUUUACUGGCCAUACAUUGAGGCGAACAUCAGCGACUAUUUUGGCUGAUAUGGGUGGGGACAUAUUAUCACUCAAACGCCAUGGGGGCUGGAAAAGCUCAAUGGUUGCUGAAGGGUAUGUUGAGGAGUCUCUCACUGACAAAAGAAGAAUUGCAAAUAUAAUUCAGGGAACACCUCAUCACAUUAACCUACCUGCUCCUAGCUCUUCCAAUAUUUUAUGUGAGAGGAGUGAAGAAGUGUGUAAUGAAAUGCCAUCUACUUCCACACAUGCUGCUACAAACAGUGAAAUAACUAUACCGGUGGAGAACUUUACCUCCAAUCGCAAUACAUCGGGAAUCAAUAUGACGUGCCACAACUGCACAAUUAACUAUUAUUUCAAAUAAUUAUA